AUGAUGCACCCAUCGAGACAGGCCUACGUGGAGGAGGCGGAGGAGAUGGAUACGGGUAUUGAUCUAGCAAAUAUCCCGGUUGAUCGUGAUUAUGAGAUCCCCCCAUCUGCGGCCGGUAUUCCAGCAGAGAAAGCGUCCGCAAUUCUGUCCCAAUUCGAGCGCAAGCGCCGAGCUGCUGCGAUGGCAGUACCAACAGACGACACCAGAGUACGGGCGCGGUUGCGAGAGCUAGGAGAGCCUAUCACUCUCUUUGGCGAGGGCCCAGCUGAUCGGAGAGACCGUUUGAGGGAGCUGUUGACGGAUAUCGCAGAAAAACAGGAUGCGGUCGCUGCGGAAGCAGAUAUCGAAAUGGCGGAGGCUGGAGGCGAGGAAGAAGAGGAAGACGAAGGAGAACAACAGGAGGAGUUCUAUACAGAAGGCUCUGACGAGCUGUUGAAGGCACGAAAGGCGAUUGCGAAGUUCUCACUUCCGCGCGCAAAGGCUCGCGUGGCUCGACAAAGAGAAGAGUCGACCAUUUCUUUACGGACACAUAUCAAGCACCGAAAGGCAAUCAAAGAGAAAUUGCACGGGGUUGAUCUUUAUGGUUCUCAGAUCGCGGGCGACCGGCCCGUUAGUAUCUGUCGAUUUGCGCCGGAUGGGCAGACCAUCGCAACUGGUAACUGGGAUGGUAGCAUUCGUUUGUUGACUGUACCGAACCUGGAGCAGAAGCUUUCUAUCAAGGGCCAUCCAGACCGUGUUGGCGGUCUGUCGUGGUUUCCUGGUGCUACACUUCCUACCUCGAACGUGUCCGAGUCAACUGUUAAUCUAGUCUCCGGAGGUGGAGAGGGUACUGUUCGCUUAUGGGCCCUGGAUAAAGACCAACCGUUAGCUACCAUGUCAGGCCAUUCUGGGCGUGUGUGCCGGACAGAGUUCCAUCCGUCCGGAAAGUAUGUCGCGUCAGCAUCCUAUGACACGACAUGGCGAUUGUGGGAUGUCGAAACGGCGACGGAGCUACUCUUGCAAGAAGGCCAUUCACGCGAAGUGUAUACUGUUGCCUUCAACAACGACGGGUCCCUCCUGGCAAGCGGUGGCCUUGAUAGCAUUGGGCGCAUCUGGGAUCUCCGCACUGGCCGCACGGUGAUGAUUCUUGAAGGCCAUAUCAGGGAGAUUUUCGGUCUAGACUGGGGGGUGGAUGGGUACCGGGUACUUUCCGGUUCGGGUGACGGGUGGAUUAAGUGUUGGGACCUGCGUCAAGUCAAAAGCUCUGGAGGAAUCGGAGCCCACAAGAGCCUAGUGUCAGAUCUUCGAUGGUAUAAAGGAACCGAGUCCGCCUCGUUUCUGCCGUCGACGGAAGGGCAGGCUGGACGCAUGGAUGUUGAUGGCACAACGGCUCCCACACAACCAAGAAAGUCGGGGACUUUCUUUGUCAGUAGUGGUUUCGAUAAACACGUCAAUAUUUUCAGCGCAGACGACUGGUCACUGAUCAAAACCCUGAGUGGCCACUCAGGCAACGUGCUUAGUACGGAUAUUAGUGACAACGCCCAGUGGAUCGCGAGCUGCGGACAUGACCGUACCGUGAAGAUAUGGGGCAUCGAGUGA